AUGAAGUGCCAUCGGUGUGGCGAGCCUGGCCAUUUCGAGAAACAUUGCCCAAAGGGGCAGUCGGUUAAGUCGGAUUCGAAGAGUAAACCUCCCGGCGCUAAAAGUUUCAACAUAGAAGUUGCCGUUGCAAAUGAGGAAAGACUUGACUUACUCGAGAGCACCACCAAAGGCGCUGCCGCUGUUAGCGCCCAUUAUAUCGAGAUCGAGAAUGCUGCUUGUGGCGUGAAUGGCCUAGAAGAUUCAGAGGAUGGUGAAAAACCUGGGAUCACAUUUGUGGAGGGCACCCGUAAGUUAUUUGAUCCCGAGGAGAUACCAGAUGCAGAAGGGAAACUGGGCUCACCGUUGUGUGCUACCGUGAAACGAAUGCUUGAGGUCAUGAGGCCAUACCCCAGUGACCCAGGUAAUGAGGCACGCGAGUUCGACCGUUUCAUGGUAUAUGAGACUUCUGACGGAAAAGAACUUGUGGUGAUGGACUCUGUCACCGACGAGGAGGAACUUCUUGAUGCCCAGAGAGCCGCCGAAUCCGAUUUCUUGAUCAGAAGAUGCGAUGAAAAGCUGGAGGGCGAGAGGGACGAACCGAGCAACGAAGACCUCGAAGAAAUCAUUGACUAUUACAGUCCUGACUCGUCAGAAUUCGAUGACUGCAAAUCAGAACAAAGCAACGAGCAAAAUUCGUGUAAAGAUAAUGUCAACAGUGAAAUCCAGUCAGAGGUUGACUCUUGGGAAGACUUUUACGGGUCAGAAGCUCCUGCAGACAAUCCAACCGAGACUUACGAGCUAGGAGACAUGGGAUAUGAUUCCCUCAACGAUUUUUAUGAAUCUGAAACGUCCGAAUGGCUAGACAAUGAAACCUUCGAAAUAAGCGCCCAGGAAUUCAAAUUGGAGGAAGAUCUUUACAGUGCGGAUGAAUCCAACUGCUCGAAAGCAGAUUUCGUCGAAUUAAACGCCCAGCAGCUUGCAGAAGAUAUUCUACCUGCUGCACAACAAAAUGCAGCAAUGGUAAAAGACCCAUCUCGAGUGGUACCUAAUCCUAUCACUGUGGUAGUUCAUGUUAAUGGAAAACCAGCUCGAGCACUGAUAGAUUCUGGCUCACUAUGUGAUUUCAUGUCAUCUACUCUGGCAGAUCAACUCAAGCUCCAUAAGGAGGAGCUGAAAACACCUUUAAUUGUUCAGUUAGCUGUUCUAGGAUCGCGUUCCAAAGUUAACAAUAAAGUAACAACUGAUUUUGCCUACCAAGGUAUCCAGGAAAAAAGGGCCUUUGACAUCAUUAACCUCUCAAGUUAUGACAUGAUUCUAGGCACCCCAUUCUUGUAUCAACACUCAGUAAUGAUUGGAUUUAAUCAAAUGAGAAUUGUCAUUGGAAUCUUGCCCAGCUCAGAGAAGAAAACCUCAACACGGUUAGGGAAUAUCUUUGAGAAUGCGCUGCUCCAUUAUGCAAAACUGCUGAAGAAACAGAGCUGCCACCUUUACGAGCCAUUAACCAUCAUAUCGAGCUCAUAG